UACAAGAAAAUCAAUAAAUAUAUCUUACCUUAAAACACAGUAACUGACAAUAUCAGUGUUCCAACCCUAUAAAUUUGCAAAAAAGAGCAGUUUCUGUGGGGUGCCACUUGCAUAUCAUGCAAGUUUUGGUAUUACAAAUGUAGCCACAAAGAGACAACAAUCAACCAGCUGCCACCUUCAUAUAUACUCUGAUAUAUCAUAACUGAAACCACACAGAAAGAAGAAUCAGAAAAUCAGAGAGAGAGAGAGAGAGAGAGAGAGAGAGAGAGAGAGAUUUUGAGUUUCUUGAUUUUUCAAGCUAGCCAUGGCCUCCAAGGAAGAGCAUCAAGAGAAUGAGGCUAUGGAAAAACCCUCAAAAAACGCCGGGGAAAGUUCCGCUAUCCUUGCGCCUCUUGUACGGAUGCACGAUUCCCCUAAUGACAAGGAAGAGAAGGCGGAAGGAGAGAAGUCAGAACGACAUGAAAAGGCAAUCAUCAUCGAGAAUGAAAAGACUGAUGCGAGAAAAUGCGAAAAGAAGCUGCUGCAAGGAAAUGCGAAGAAGUACAAAGGAGUUAGACAGCGAAAAUGGGGCAAGUGGGUGGCAGAAGUACGCGAUACAAGAAAAAAGAAUCGGAUUUGGUUAGGAACUUUUAACACUGCUGAAGAAGCCGCUUUGGCUUAUGACAAAGCGGUCAUUGAAAUGAGAGGUGUUGAUGCUGUGACAAACAUCCUCAAGCCACCACCAAGGGAACCACCACCAAAGGAAAUCAACUUCAUUAAUCCACCACCAUCUUCAUCUACUAGGGUUUGAGAAAUUAAUGCUUUACUGUUUUAAUGUACUACUUUAUAUGAACUAGUAAAUGUGGCUAACUCUCAACUUUCUUUUUUCUUAAAGUAUGUAAUAUGACAAGUUUCCUGGACAAUA